AUGCAGCAUCCAUUCAAUUCUCCUUCACCUACUCGCACUCGCUCCCCCUCUCCUCCUCCCAUAGGCCAUUCGUCCUCCUCGGCCAUCGACACGCGCGACACCAGCCCGUCAUCACGCGAUAGUGACCCCGACUCCCACCGCAAAGACAGCACCAACGACAAGAACGAAGGCGGCUUCUUUCAGCACAUCACAUAUCCGGUAUCCUACACCUUUAGUGGCCUGCUCCGCCGUCUCAGCGCAGACGAAGCUCCUACACCUCUCGCUCGUGCCCUGUCCGCCAACUACAACGGGACCAUGAGCCCAUCGGCCACCUUUUUCGACGCUCCCAAACGCCGUCUCUCGCCCUUUCAGCCACCGCCGCUGACUCCUUUGACUCUCGUCGGCUACAGAGAGAGCACCCCGCUUGCUAGCAGGUUGUUGGAAAAGGCCCUGGCUGAAGAGAUCCGUUUGCUUGUGCCGCCGCGGGUCCAGCUCGUGGAUGAGUGGAAGCUGAUUUACUCGCUGGAGCAGAACGGUACCUCUUUGGGCAGUCUGUAUAGCUUGAGCGACGAAUACAGAGGCAAACGGGGUGGCUUUGUUUUGGUCGUCAGAGACGCCAGCCAAGGAGUCUUCGGUGCAUACCUCUCCGACCCCCCUCAGCCUCAUCCCCAUUACUAUGGCACCGGCGAGUGCUUUUUGUGGAGCGCUUUCCGCCUGCCUUCUCUACCCGAUCUCUCAUCCUUACCUCCCCCUCCCUCUGCCGACACGACCCACAUGCAGCGAAGCACAACUAUUGCUACCACUACAAAAAAGCCCUCGUUGACUGCUUCGGCUUCGAGAAGUGGCACCUCGACACCUGAUAGGAUAAGAUUCAAGGCCUUCCCCUAUACUGGCGAAAACGACUAUACAAUCUUUUGCCAGCAAGGCUUUCUGAGCAUUGGCGGUGGUGACGGUCACUAUGGUCUUUGGUUAGACAACAACUUGGCCAAGGGCAUCAGCUCGCCCUGUCCUACAUUCGGCAAUGCGCGUUUGAGUGAUGAGGGUGAGAAGUUCGGCAUACUCGGCGUUGAGCUGUGGUACAUUGGCUCUUAA